GUAAUUUCAAAUUACUUGUACCAUUGUCAACCGAAUUUUAAGAAGAGGAGGUUCUGAAUUGUGCUGUUGUUAUGAGAAGGACUAGAUUAGAUACACAGUGAAGAAAAAUGGUACUUAAGCUAUACGCCGUGUGUGAUGGGCCACCAUCUUUGUCGGUACGUCAACUGCUGGCCAAGCUGGAGUUGCCUUUUGACUUGAUCGACGUCGACUAUUGUGCAGGGGAUCAUAGGACACCGGAAUAUGCAUUGAUGAAUCCUCAAAAAGAAAUACCAGUAUUAGACGACGAUGGAUUCUAUCUGAGCGAGAGCAACGCCAUAUUGCAGUACCUAUGUGAUAAAUAUAAGCCCGGUACCUCGUUGUAUCCAGUGGACCCUAAGAUAAGAGCCAUCAUAAAUCAUCGCCUAUGUUUCAAUUUAUCAACGUUCUAUCCAAGCAUUAGUGCUUACACGAUGGCGCCCAUUUUCUUUGAUUACGAGCGCACUCCAUUGGGUCUGAAGAAAAUUCAUAUAGAACUUGAUGUGUUUGAGACCUACUUAGAACGACUGGGUACAAGUCACGCAGCUGCAAACCAUGUCACCAUCGCAGACUUCCCACUUAUUAACUCCAUCAUGACACUUGAAGCUAUCGAUUUUGAUUUCUCCAAAUACAAAAGAAUUAGUAAAUGGUAUAAUGAUUUUAAACAAAACUAUCCAGAUCUAUGGAAGAUAUCAGAAGACGCAAUGAAGAUAAUACAACAUUUCGCUGCCAAUCCUCCCGAUUUAUCGAAACUCAAUCAUCCCAUUCACCCAAUACGUAAUGUUAAAAAAUAG